GUUUCACUCCCUCCCCCCAUUGCGAGAGAGAUUGCUAGUAGAGACCAUGAGGGUGCGCCAAACCCCUUAAAAUGUGCACUCCACUGACCACUCUCUCUCUAACACAGCUCAAUACCCUUCUCUUUAGAUCCUAAUCUUCGAACAACAGUUUCUUUCUGAGAAUCCAUCAUAGAUUGUUCAAGCAAUAUCAGAUUUUGAGGAAUUAAUGGCGAAAAAAGUUAAGAAGAAAGCCCGAAGUGGUCAAACAGAGAAGCGAGUUUCUACCCUUUCUCAGAAAACUGAAACUGUCACCCAGCAUAGCAUUCCAAGCACUGAUAAUGGACUUUCAGUCAUAAAAGAGAGGAAAGUGUGUUCCCAUCUUGAUAAGGAUAUUGAUUUAGCUAAAUUUUCUUCAAGAAUAAGGUCUAUAGGACAUAUUAGGUGUGAAGAUUGCAGAGGUGUGGUUGAUAGGUGGGCAAGUAAGGGAAGGGGCAAGCAGGUGAAGAAGAAAGUGGGAGGUUCUGUGGACAAGAAACCUGAGUCUAAAGCAAUUUGGGUUUGUUUGGAAUGUGGUCAUCUUUCAUGCAGGGGGAUUGGAUUCCCAACAACCCCUCAAACCCAUGUAGUUCGGCAUGCCAGGCAAUCCUGUCAUCCAUUGGCUAUCCAAUUUGAAAACCUUCAACUACGCUGGUGCUUCCCUUGCAAUACACUUAUUCCAGUUGAAAAAUUGGAGGAAAGUGGUGAACAGAAAGAUCCGCUGUCGGAUAUUGUGAAACUGAUAAAGGGGUGAUCAUUUCAAGGGGGCCUCGGUGGAUGUCGAGGAUGUUUAUUUUGGGAGUGGCAGUGUUAUAAGUGAGAUAAAAUCAAAAAACACCGUAAGUAGUUUGGAUGGAAAAAGUGGUUAUGUGGUCAAAGGCUUGGUUAAUCUUGGUAAUACUUGCUUCUUUAAUUCAAUCAUGCAGAAUCUCUUAGCAAUGGAGAGAUUACGGAAUCACUUCUUGGAAUUGGAUGAGUCUGUAGGUCCUCUUACCGUUUCUUUAAAGAAGCUCUUUACUGAAACUAGUCAAGAGGCUGGCUUGAGAAAUGUGAUAAAUCCAAAAUCCUUUUUCGGGUGUGUUUGUGCCAAGGCUUCCGAAUUUAGGGGGUAUGAACAGCAUGACAGUCAUGAGUUGCUUCGUUGUUUACUCGAUGGGUUGUGUACUGAAGAGUUGAGUGCAAGAAAACAGACUAUUCUCUGGAAAAUGGGAUUACCUCAAAUCUGGGUCCUACUUUUGUUGAUGGCAUCUUUGAGGGCCAACUAUCCAGUACUGUUUCUUGUUUGGUAUGUGGGCACUCUUCAACAGUGUUUGAGCCAUAGUUCUUCUAUCAUCUGUUACUGUUCUUACUUUCCUUUAAAAUUCUCUAAAUUUCAUAUUAUGGGCAGUGCAUGUCUUCUUUUAAGAUGGGGUGCAGUGGAUGCUGAAGCAUACGCUGAAGCUGCGAGAAAUGUUUUGCAAAUAUUGUGGGAUGUUGGAACCUCCAGACAUUCUGGUCAUGGGUCUCUAUGGGCAAAGGCCCGGGUCUCUGCUUACGAUGCAUUAACUCAUUAUGAGGUAGUACACAUUCAAAAAAGCAUUCCAGAUUUUAAGAAAAGGAACAUGGAACUGCUUACUUCUGAGACUGAUCCUGAAGUACUAUGGGCCAUGGAAGUAUUUGAAGUCAAGAUUAUUACAUAUGAGCACAUCACACAGCGAAGAUUUGUAAAGGAGAAAAGAGUCGCUGUAAACAAGAUUGAGAAGUUGCUAGAUGUUUCCCCUCAGGUUAUUUUUGCGUCAGUAAAUAGCACUGGAGCUAGUCAGUUACCUGGCGCAGCUCUAUUUUGCCCUUCUUUGACUCCUAAAGACAUGACCAAGGGGCAGCAAAAAGUUCAGGGACUGCAAGACGUAUAUGCUAAAUACGAGAAUGCACUUGUGGAGAUAGCUGCAUCUUUGCAGCUCUCGAGAAACAUCCUGAUUGCACUUCUUUCACUGCAAUCUUGGAAACCCUUCAUGCAACGUUAGUUGAGGGCUUGUGUCACCUUCCUUGAUGCUAAGGCGAAAUCCACUGUGUUGGAUAAAACAUCUAAAGCUGCCAAUGGUAUUCUGAAGAUAAUAAAACGGCUUGCAGAGGAAUCAAUUCCUAGAUCUGCAGAAAACAUUGCACUAGCUUUGGGCGCGCUUUGUGAGGUCUUGCCUCCGUCUGCCCAUGCUGUUAAAUCAACUGCUUCAAAAUUCCUGCUUGAUUGGCUGUUCCAGUAUGAGCACGAACAUUGCCAGUGGUCAGCUGCUUUCCCUUGGAUUGAUCUCAAGUUGCUUGCAUGUGACUGAUCACAAGCAAAAAUUCCAAAACAUCGAAGCACUUAUUCAGGUUUCAUCUUGUAGCAGAAGCACCCUUGUAAAAGGAGCUUGUGGAGUUGGAAUGGGAUUUUCAUGUCAAGAUCUUCUUACCUGGGUUGAAGCUUCUGAUGACCCCGACUUG